CCCGCGCUAGUUUCCGGGCUUUUACUGGCAUCCUUAGCAACCUUGCCUAGAUACGAACUGCGAGUCGAAAGCGCAGGCGCUUGUUUUUACAGAGCCACAACAUGGAGACUGUUGAAGUACAAGAUGAGGAGGCUGUCAUUAGACCAAUCGUCACAACACCACCCAUCUCCCGACAGAGCAGAGCAGACGAGCUACGGAGCGUGAGCAGUAGCCCUGGGAGCGGAACUCACAUCUCCUCCAGCACCAGCGCCGUUUCUCUGGGGGAGGCAAUCGCGCACCGGGCCAAACAGGGGGUGGAGUCAUGGGGGCAGCUGCCUAUGGAAGAGGAUGCGAGUCAGCUGACCAUGGCUUCAGUGAGCAGAUUGGGCCAGACAUCAUCCUGGCCAGAAGAGGUCCACAUCCACCAUGACCCAAUCCAAGAGAGGCUGGUCACUGUUGCUGAAGACGCCACAGUACAACGACAUGAAGGAAGAACCUGCUCUUUCACGCUUGAAUUUCAGGAUAGCCGUCUUUCGCCCGCUCUGCCUUUAUUGCCUGACAAAUCUGGAAAACUGCACAGCCUUGCAGAAGACACCCUUUUUCAUCAGACUGAUUUAGAGUUUGUCGCUCUCAGGGGAUCUCCAGAUAUUUCUGUUGCGUCAGAAAGGUUUCCCAUGCCACACCAGGUCAGCGAUGCCUCUCAAAUUUGCUCCUCCAAGGUGUCCAAAGACCUGCCUGCUGACCAGUCUGUGCUGCUUCAGGAACAUUUGGGUCUUACAGUGGCUUCGGUGGAAGAGGUCAGCUGCUGCUCCCUCUCUCAGCACACUCUGUCCCCUUUCUCUGAAGAUGGGGGACAGGAUGUAGAGCACAUUCAUGGGAUCCUGGAGGAAAUGCAGGUGGAAAGGGAACCAUGCUAUGGAGUGGCAGACCAACGCACCGAUAAUUCUGAUGGGAAGGAUCAAAUCUCUCUCGCCACUAGGCCCCAAGAGAAACCCAUGAAGAAAAUGUCCCAAGUCAGCAGCUCCUUUCGAAGUGGAGACAUCACUGUGCCUCUAUUACGUGAGCUCCCCCAAAGGAACGCUAACUUGUCAAGCAGCAGCAGUGUGGUGUCCUCUGCCUCUGCGACCUCCAUGAACAAGGGGUCUUCCUCAAGAGGUUCCACUGGUUAUAAAGCAAUCAAGCCAGAAGCAGCUCCAUCUCCCAGAUUGAAAGAAGUGACUGAACAGAAAACAUCAGAGCUGGAGGAAGUGGUUGGACUAAAACUGGAUCACUCCAGAAGCUCUUUAGAAUGGGAACCCUCAGCUGAGCAAAGAGAAGGACCACUGGGGGUAGCCUCUUGCUCAUCUCUGACACAGGUGAAAACAUCCAGGGGUACAGCAGCUUUAGACACGUCUGGGAGGUCCGAGGUAUCCAACAUCACCACUCGGGCUUCCCGCACCCAGCAAGAUGAUGAUUCUGAUGCACUCCGUGAGCAGCUUUGUGCUGAAAUUGAGAGGGCUCGUCAGUCUGAGUCUAGGCCCAAAGCCCAAGAGGUUGAUAGUCCCCAAGCACCUGGUCAGCCCAAGCCCCCGAGCAGUCAGUCAGCCACCCCAAACACAUGUUCCUUAGGAACACACAGUGGAAGGGGUAGUACCAUCAUAGAGGUAUCCACAGACUUUGACAAGACCGAGGGACGGUUGUCACCAGGUUUCAGCUUUGAAAGAGGGCAUACAGAGAGAGAGCUCUCAUCCUCCGGGAAUCAGAUGGCCGUGGAUGGAUCUUUCCUGGGGACCUUCUCCCAGCCGGUUUCCCAGUCCACCCCAGGUGUGUUCUCAGGGCCACCCAGAGCCAGUGUGCAGCCACCCAUCGGCAAGCUGUCUCCCAUUGAGUCCAACCUCGAGGUGUCUCAGCCAUCCUCCUCCAGGGCAGUCCAAAGCAGCUCCUCAAAACCGUUUCUUGCUCCCACGUUUGACAUCAGUGUCACAAACCCAAGUGGACUUGGUACUGGGAUGGGAUCUUUUCGGGAUGCAUCACUCAAGAGCACUGGAAAGAUACAAUCCCUACCAAGUCUGAACUUCAUGGAGAAAGUCGGCGCCUGGAAUAUGACUCAGACAUCAGGGACGACAUAUUUUGACAACUUAGCUCUUCGCGGUUUCACUGGAGUCUCGCCUAAGAAGAAGGCCUUUGAUGCCAUCUCCGACUCACUGAACCGCAUGCUGUCCCAGGAGGGGGGCAGCAAACAGUUUGUGGCAGCAUCUGCACCGGGCCCCACCAUCCACAGUCCAAGGAGGAACCUGGCUGCCUCCUUCUCUGGAACAACGGCAUUUGGAUCAGAUUCUAGAGGUGGGAGCUUUGUAGCAUCCCCUCUGGACAGGCCUGGGAACCAGCCAACCCUUUGUGCGGAUACUGGGGAAAUUCAACCGAGGGAGAAACCAGGCAAUGACCUGGCAAGCCCUGAAUCCUUGUGCCUCUCAGGAAUGCCCAAGAUGGACCCUCCACAAAGGGAGCCUGGACAGAAUAAGCAAGACACUGGCCAACAGUUAGAUCGCACAGAGCCAGCCGGUCAACAGGGGGUAGUGACUGACAAAGAUCAGAGCGGUGCUGGGAGAGGAAGUGCCGAGGAGCUGCAAAGUACAGCUCAACUAACAACUCGCCUUGGCUUGGACCGAUUCAGCGACGUCUCCUCAAAUAGAGACCUCAGCAACACUCUGACCUGUUCUCAGGAUAGCUACCAUGUUGAACAAAGGCUGGCAGCCUCCAUCGGGGCAGUGUCCUCUGUGGGCAGUCUAGAAGUGGACAACUACGUCCCCUACUGGACUCCCAGUCCUCCGUCACCUGCAAAGGAUGCAGAGCUAAAUAUUGAGGCAAGAAUUCCGAUGUACCUCCAUAACCUUGGCAUUGACCAGUCCCCAUCAGCUAUCCUUACUCCUUUUGUACCACGAGGACCCAUCAGAGAACCGGAAUUCUCCCCAACUGAUCUUUGCACAUUGAAAGGUUCCACAGGGACACCAACAAAAAGCACACAGCCAUCUGAGGCAGGCAGUCCUGCCAAAGGAGAGUUCUCGAGAUGCAGCCUCCUGUCUGUUGGCUCGAGUGUGUCUAUCUCGCUGAGUGUAGACAGCCUCCAGCCCAAAAUGCCCCUCUCCCAACAUGCCAAAGACAGACCUCUAAAUGAGCGCUGCCUGCAGACCGCCUUCCACCCUCUGGGCCCCCUCCCACAGGGCUCGCCACAGCCCCCUGGCCCGGAUACUGGCCACAACCUGAGCGACAGCGCUGACGACCCGACCGCCGUGCGAGUACGGGAGCUAAUCGAGAAGUUCCAGUCCGGGAAAGUGUUUGUUACGCCUGACAGCCUGCCUUCAACAGAAGCCAGACAGCAGCAAGCCAGGGACUCCCCUCUGGAGGCCAAACCCAGUGAGACUUCGGACAGCAGCAUGGAUCCUGGUGCCGACUCCUUCGUGGGGUCAAAAACCCUGCAGGAGAUACGGAAACUCCUGGGCAGGGCAGAAAGCAUUGUGUCAGGGAAGUCCUCCGUCUCAUCCUCUCCUCCUUCGCUGCGGGACUCCGAUGAUUCCCUUCUCUGUCUAAAAAGGAAGCUGGAGGGCUUCCAGGACUCUUUCGCCUCCUCUACGGGAAACCAGGAGAUGCCCUCCUCCCUCCUGUGGGGCAGGUCCUCCUCAGAGUCUGCGCUGACUUCAGACGGGAUGAAAGAACGCGCCUCUGGCGAGCUCGGCAGGUCUCCUCGAGCGUCCGGUCACAACUUUGCGCAAGGCAAAGGUGUGCUUCUGAGGUCCUUGGACAGAAUUUCGAACCAGGCGUCUGAGUCUUUCCCAACUAAGUCAGUGAGGCGAUCCGAGCCUGAAGGGUGCAGUGCGACCGCUCCUGACCGAGCGGCCCCAGUGUUUGUUUCAAUAAUGCAGGUAAACCCACCGACUCCCAGUGGAGGUGUGCAGCAGGGCCCGGCACAGGAAGUGAUGUCACCAACAGAGAGCUUGGUGAGCGGCCCAGCAGAGAAUAUGCAGGCCCCCAGCCUUAGGGAGGCUGAGAGAGCAGUGGAGAGUGACAGCAGCAGUGCGGACACACUGACAACAAGAGUGGCCGCCCUGCUAAGGAAUGAGUCACCAGCAACCAUGGCAUCAAGUAGCUGCAGCACUGCAGAUGAGGAGGAACGCAAAGCACGGGAGUGGAUCAAGUUGAAGGUCACUGGGCAGCAGUGUGAAAAGCUGCAGCUGAAUGUGGAGGACAGGCAGCGCAUUGAAGAGAUCAAGAGAGAUCUCCUUCAUAACACCAAACGCAUGACAAAGAGCCAGCUGAGCACCGACACCGAUUCCAGCACGCACUCCGGCGCCCCCUGGGGGCAGCCCCCUUCCCACGCGGGCCAGUUCGACGCCCUGAAGUCAGCAGAGCACCAGCUGUCCCACCAGCUGCAGCGGCUCAACCACAACGCCUUCGACUCCAGCGUGCAGCUGCACCCUCCCGUGCGCCAGGACCCGGAGGCACGGGUCCGAGACGCGGCCCAGAGGACCAGCCCCCCGCCAAUCACGUCCAUCACCAUCGCCUCCUGCCGCCGCAGCCCGUCCCCCGCCCCUCCACGCAGCCCCACGCCCACGCCCCUCAGUCUGGCUCACCUCGCCACAGACGGUGUUCCCAUGCCGGCCACCGGGGUGCGCACCUCGGAGAGCCGGGAACCUGCUCUUCAGACCAAGGAGGAUACAGCGGUUCAGAUUUCUCUGGAAGCAGAGUCGGCUGGUGGAACGCUGAGCGUCGCUCACGUUCGCGGUUCUCCCACUGAUCUCGUUCCUGCGUCGGGACCGGGACCUGACCACCCCGACAACCGCCCCGAGUCUCCUUCUCCUUUAGAAGCGGUAACCCAGUCAAAAACUGAGACCCUCGGGACACGGUACUCCACGUCAUACGGGUUCGACACCAGCUCCACGGCUGGAGAGGGGAGCCGGACGGGCGGCGGGAGGUCCAGGUCUCCCUUCCACCUGAACCCCACCUCGUACCGGCAGGGGUCGAGGUCAGACCCCAACAUAAGCUCCACCUCCAGCCUGGAGCCCGCGGCAGCCCCUUUACACAACUCCACGUUCGCGUCCGGCUCCUGCGCCAUUCUCUCCCCAAACAAGAAGGUUCUCUCCCACGUCCACCUCACCCUGUCCCCGAAAUUGCCCAAAGGAAAGUCUGAGGAGUCCGCCGUGGAGCCACCUGUUCGGCAGGACUGGGCUUCGGAGAGGAGAGCUGGAGGUACGGAGAGCACAGCUGGCCUACCUCCUGACUUUUCCACCAGGCUGACCUCACGGAAUCUUCCGGAAUUUUCGGCUCGCGAGCAGCUGUUCCCUGACGGUCGUCCUCCGGUGAACCGGAGUUCGUAUUUCCCUGCUCCCAGGGUAACCGGCUGGACCGAUGCGCGCCAGGAACCGAGGUCUACACCUUUGUUAUUGGAUGGGGCGAGUUCACAGGGGGUCCCUAUUCGGCCAAUCGGAAGGGAGAAUCGUGAGACCGCUGACGCGUCCGUCCAGAUCACCACCCAUUUGUCCCAGGAGGUACCAUGGAGGGCAGAGCCUGUCACAAGCUUCCCACAAUCCUUCACUGCUCAGCCAAGAGUGUCGGGUCUGUCUGAGCCCUUAGCUAUUCACACACCAGCUGUGCCUGUUUUGCUUCCGUACAAACCGCAUGGGAGCCCAGAGCUGUUCUACAUCCCCAAGAGCGAGGCACCGCUCUCCGACACCACCGUAGAGAGCUCCCAUCCAGGCUCUGACGACGCCGUUCCGCCGCGGUUCAGCUCCGAGGUGCUGGGCUCCAGAGACCGGGAGGCAGGGGCGGCGGUCAGCGGCAGACACGCCGAAGGGAUCUACAGCAAGAGGCCCGCGGCUUACAGAGCGCGCCCAGGACACGGAGGUCUCAGAAUGGACACGGUUGGCGGUCUUCAGACUAAUGAAGUCCGGCAGAGUGGCAGGCCGUACCCCCUCUCUGUCAGGACAGGCGACUCUGGUGACCCACCCAGGAGUUCUGAGGCAUGGCCGAAUGUCAGGGGCGUGGACCCCCCCAGCAGAGGCCAAGAGGAGGUGGAGUUUGUACCCCUACAGGGGGAGGAGGCCUACAGCACGGAGGACCUCCGUUCUUACAGUCGCGCUGUCCGAGAGCCCCGCCCUCUGGGAGGGUCAGACAGGGAGGAGCCCGCCCACAGUUGGCGGGACUUCACCGCCAGGGGCGUGUCCUCUCAGAGCAGCGGCGGCAACCUGAACGAGCUGUGGCAGAGGUUCAACGAGAGGCGGAGCCAGAGGGAGUCCGGCCCCCCCGGGGAGGGGGAAACGCCUUUACUGGACAGGCUGGAGCGUCUGUCUCGGCUGAUCCACAGCAGCCGCAACGCCACGCCCCUGGGGGGGAGGGAAGCGAGCGCCCCCGCCAAGAGACGGGAGGAGAGGAGGAGGAAGCAGGGGGAGAAGGAGGAGAAGAGGAGAGAGGAGGAGGAGCAGAGAGAGGCGGACCGGAGGAGGGGGAACGGAGAGCAGCGCUCGGUCCGGGAGGCCUGGGCGGAGCCAGGGGCGGAGCAGGAGGAGGAGUCUCUGAGCAGCUCCACCCUCACCGAGGGCUCGUUCGGCCGACACCGCUGCCCGGCGGAGAAGGACGGGUCGGCGAGCCGGUCCGGCGAUACGGACGCCGGCGACUCGGCCAGCACCGCGUCCACCAUCGACACCGCCCGCCUCAUCCGCGCCUUCGGCCGGGGCCGGGUCCAGGCCAACCCCGGCCUCAACAGGCUCUACAGCGCCAUCGGCAGGCAGAGGGAGGGCACGGAGCAGAGGAGAGGGAGGAAGAGAGGCGGGCCCAAACCCCCGGCCCCGCCCCCAGCCCCCUCCGAGACCAACAGCACGGACAGCUCCACCCUCAGCACCGUGGCCCCGGGCGAGUCCGUGUCGUCGGACGGCGACCUGCCCCGGGGCCCGCCGGACGUCCUCGUGGCGAAGAAGGCGGUCAAGCUGGUCAACAAAGGAGUCCAGGCAGGUGAUGUGGAGAUUGUGGUGAACGGGACCAGGAAGCACACGCGAGACGUGGGCACCGUCUUCCCCUCGCCCAUCCCUGCCAGGGAGGCGGGGCGCGCGGCGGCCGGCAGCAGGGGAGGCCAGGGUGGAGAGAGGAGCCCCCCUAAAACGCAGAGCUUCAUGAACGAGAAGAGGAGCAGGAAGGCCCAAAUAGAGCGCUACCCGCAAGGUGUGUCUUGGUUCGUCCCUGCGGACAGCCUGAAAGGCAAUGCCAAGGAGAACCAGCCGGGGCCCGGGGCAUUGCCUGGGCGGGGCCAGGUGUGGUUCGAACCCUACACCAAAACCAAGCCCUGGAGGGAGCCCCUGAGAGAGAGGCAGCUACAGGAGGAGCCAGUGAGCAUCAAGAGGAGGAGCCCGGGUCAGCCAAUCGGCAGCGCCGAAACGGACACAGACGGCAAAGCCCCUCCCGCCCUGGCUCGCAUUACACUUCAGGAGGCCCUGGAGAUGCGGCGGCCGGACUUCCUGUCGCGCUCGCGGGAGCGGGUGAAGAGGCUGGAGCUGCAGGUGGAGGAGCGCAGGCUGCAGGCCGUCUUCCAGCAGGAGAGGGAGCAGCUCUUCAACCGGCCCGGGGGCCGAGGGCAGCUCAGCCAGCCCGCAGAUUUUUCAGCUCACAGGAAGAGAGUCGUUCCCAGGAAAGAGAUGUUCAAGAGAUCCAAGCAACUGUCUAAUCAUGAGAAAAAGGAGUUAAGAUCUGACAAGGUAGCCAGUCAGAGGAAGGCUAUGAGGAUAUACUCCCAGCUGCCUGAAGUACAGCAGAGGAUAGAGGAGGAGAAGAGGAAGGCCGAGUAUCGCUCCUACAGGCUUAACGCCCAGCUCUACAAGAAGAAAAUCACCAACCGCAUCUUGGGGAGAAAGACACCAUGGCAGUGAGCAGGAGGAUGAGGCUGCACAACAGGUCAAGCAAUUUCUGUGCAGCGGAGGGGAAAAGUUUUUUAUUCCUUUUUUCUUUCUUUCUUUUGUGUGUUGCAUUCCUACUCUUAAUGUACCCAUGUUUUGUACUGAAUGUUGUGUGUUUUUACUGAAAUGAUGUGGCUUUUUAAUAAAAAAAAGUUUUAUAUUAUGUUUUAAUGAUGUUUAUAAAUGAUGUUGUAAUAAUGAUUUAAUAAAUUGACUGAGUGACAAAGGUUUAA